AUGUCGUCCUACCAGUUCGUCUACUUCCCCCGCAACAAGCGUCUCAACGUCUACCAGCAGAUAGACCUGGACCAGCACGCCCGCAACAUGUACGACUUCAUGGAGGGCAGAAGGGCCGACUACCGGCUCCAAGUGCUCAAGCAGAAGGUGAUGGAGGCCGCGAGACAGGCCAGACAGCAGCGAAGAGCCCGUCGUGCCGCCAUCCGACGUCAGCUCCACGUGGAAUCCAAGAACGACAUCUUCGCGAGGUGUGGCUACUGGAGCAACUCCGACUCUGACCUCGGCACUUCUUCGGAAGGCGAGAGCCGCUCUGUCUCCAACUCUCCGCCAACUCGCAUCCCACUCUACUUGCGAACUUCCCGUAGCUCCUCCACUGCUGCCAGCGGAAUCACGACGCCUCCCACAUCUGCCGGCUCUUCGAAGACGACGUCACCGUCCAAACUCGUCGCCAACCCGUUCUACAUGCCCACCGUCGCUGCUCAGAUGAAGGAUGCUCAGCAGAAGAGGAAGGUCGCUCUCAUCGAGAAUCCGUUCUACAAUCCGUCUCUGGCCAAGAAUAUCAAACCCUCUGCUUAA